AAUAUACACAGAACAAUGUAAAGAGGGCCGAGGACUCGCCACAAAACUCUAUGUCCCCAGCUCCCAGCGUGCAACAGAGGACAAGUGUCCGUGCUGAGCCAGGGCAGGAGGAGAGUAACCCGGACACAGCCCCCUCGGCCAGAGGGGACAGGAGAGAAGCUGCCCGGACACCACAGCAGGAGAACAGAGCCAUGCUCCGUGCCCCUGGGGCAGUGGCACUGAAGGGAUGGGGAGAAGAGAAAACCCAGGUGGACGUGCUGCCACCAAGAGGUCAGCACAAGGAGAUAGCCUCUGUCGGGACAAAGGCAACAACGUUUCAGAGUCAGGACAGUGCCAAGAGGCACGGGGGACCAGAGGGGAGGCUGACAACUGCAGGGGUAGUGUUAAAAAGGUGCCAGGGCAAAGCACUGCCCUCAGUAGUGACAACUACAUUCACCUCAGUAGUGACAACAAGGACAACAAAGAAAGCCGUGACCACAGCCGCUGUCCCAGCCAAGGACAAGGCAGCCCUGGCCACCGCUGCACCUUCCCCAAGGCCCACCACACGAAGAAGCCAAAGACUGAAGGCCGCCAACUUCAAGUCUGAGCCCCGCUGGGAUUUUGAGGAAAAGUAUAGCUUUGACGUGGGGGGUCUGCAGACGAGGUGCCCUGACUCAGUGAAGAUCAGAGCCUCCAAGUCGCCGUGGCUCCAGAAUCUCUUUCUGCCCAACAUCACUCUCUUCCUGGACUCCGGACGCUUCAACCAGAGCGAGUGGGAGCGCCUGCAACACUUCGCGCCUCCCUUCGGCUUCAUGGAGCUCAAUCACUCCUUGGUGCGGAAGGUCGUGGCCCGCUUCCCGCCGGUGCCCCAGCAGCAGCUGCUCCUGGCCAGCCUGCCCCCGGGGAGCUCACAAUGCGUCACUUGUGCCGUGGUGGGCAACGGCGGCAUCCUGAACGACUCCCACGUGGGCCGGGACAUCGACAGCCACGACUACGUGUUCCGACUGAGCGGAGCGCUUACUCAAGGCUAUGAACAGGACGUGGGUACGCGGACGUCGUUCUACGGCUUCACGGCCUUCUCCCUGACCCAGUCACUUCUCGGGCUGGCCGGUCGGGGUUUCCGGAACGUGCCGGUGGGGAAGGACGUCCACUACCUACACUUCCUCGAGGGCGCCCGGGACUUCGAGUGGCUGGAAGCAUUGCUUCUCAAUCAGACCCUGGCAAAAAAGAGCCUUUUCUGGUUCAGGCGCAGGCCCCAGGAAGCUUUUCGGGAAGGCUUGCAAUUGAACAGAUACCUGCUGCUACACCCAGACUUUCUCCGCUACAUGAAGAACAGGUUUCUGAGGUCAAAGACCCUGAACACGGCCCACUGGAGGAUAUACCGGCCCACCACCGGCGCCCUCCUGCUGCUCACUGCCCUUCAGCUCUGUGACAAGGUGAGCGCCUAUGGCUUCAUCACCGAGGGCCACGAGCGCUUUUCUGAUCAUUAUUACGAUAAAACAUGGAAACCACUCAUCUUUUACAUCAACCAUGACUUCAAGUUAGAGAGAGAGGUCUGGAAGCGGCUACACAAUGAGGGCAUCAUCUGGCUGUACCAGCGCCCCCAGACUGCCACAGCAAAGAACUGACUGCCACCUGGGCUGCGGCAGUCUCUUCCUCGGCCUCCUUCAAAACACGAGGUGCUGUAGGAGUCUCGAGGCUCCUCUGCCAUUUGCCCAGGGCUUGGACCAGCCUUCCAGCCUCCAGGGAACACCUGUGAAGGAGAAAAAACUCCCUCAAGGUGCCAAGCAGUUGGGGUCCUUUGGGAAGUUGCUGCAGGCUCUGAUGGAGAUUCCCAGGACCAGGGAUUUUUUUUUCUUUCUUUCUUUUGGGCCAGGGAUG